UUCUAUUGUAAGUUCUUAAUUAAUAUUUGAUCUCAAAAGAGAUGUUUAUAAGUCAGAGUAUCUCAUAGAAUUAGAAAUCGGUACUCCAUCAAAGAAAACUAAUUUUGUUGCUGACACUGGCGCUCCAAUGACUUCAUUUAUUUGCAAUACUGUAAUAAUCCUAAAAUAAUAUAGAAUUCAAAUACUUUGCAUAAGUGCGAUUAGGAUAGGGACUCAGAUUGUUUGAAUUAAUUUGUCACUUAUGAUGGAGAAUUGUCUAGUGCAAUUUCAGCAUAUGAUCUAAUGAAGAUUGAAAAAAACAAGAUAAAGUUAAACUUUGAAUGCAUUUCACAAGAAUCAUCCUAAAUUUUAGGAUUGGGAAGAUAAAGCUAUUUUAUUUAAGCCUUAUAUAAAGAAUUUUAAUUUUAAAGCGAUCACUAGAUAUUUUCAAUAUUAUUAACAAAUGAAAAUGGCAAGCUAACUGUCGGUCAAGAUUAUCCAAAUUAUAAUGAGAUUGGUAUUCCUUUUUCUUAUUCUUCCUCCUAUUUUUAAGUAGAUUUAGAAACUGUCUCGGUAAAUUUAUAAAUAAUUUAAGGAUGAUAAUAAUAACAUAGUUUUUUAACCAGAUCAACCUGAGGACUAUGAGAUUAUUGUAGAUACAGGAAGCACAUUAAUUAAUAUGGAUUCUGAAACUUUUUAAUCUUUUAUAAAAUCAUUUUCUAAAUGCUAAAAAGAUCCUAGAGGAUGUCCCUAAAAGUAUGAGAUAUAUGGAUACUAAUGUUAUUUUUAUAAUAGGCCUCAUUAUGGGGACAUCUCCAAUUUUUAUGAAACAUUUCCUGAGUUUAAUUUCAAUUUUACAAAUGGCUAUUAGUAUAAAUUGAGUGCCAAAGAUUAUUUGAUUAAUUUUUAGGAUGAUUAUUAUUGCUUGCCUUUUGAAGGUUUUGCAAGAAAUUAUGAAAAUAAAUUCAAAAAAAUCAUUCUUUUAGGAUAACCUUUUAUGAGAAAUAAAGAGUUUUAUUUUGAUUUGUAAGAAUAUCAAAUUUUCAUUAAAGAUCCUAAAGCAUCAUAAAAUUAUUUGCAUUAUACGAAUUUAUCAGAUGUGGUUUUGAAUACCUAUAUUUUUGUGGAACUUGCCUUUAUUAUUGGUAUUUGCUUUUUCUACAGAAAAUAUUCUGCCCAAAUAAGAGCAAUGUUUAGAUCCAGCAGACCAAACUAAGGGGUUAAUCCUUAUGCUUGA